AAUGCUAUUUGCAAGCACUAAGCAACCUUUUAAAAUUAGUUUAUUUUCGUUCCAUUUAUUCAAAAAACGUUCCAUUUUCAUCAGUUUCUCUCAUCACACCAUAACGUUCAUGUUACAUAAACAGCAAACUCGAAAGAAGUGAGAAAAAGCAAGUGAGAACUUUUCGAAAGAAAUCGUUCGAGUUUACAUAAACGAGCUACAGAUUGACUUUCUCUUGCAAAAAAUUUCGUGAACCUUGGUAACCCUACUUCGAUAAAUUCCAUUCAUUAAUUCCAAGAAGUGAAUGUAUGAAAAAUCAAAUAGAUAAACAAUUAAAGAACUCUUUAAUAAGAAAAUGUUAAAUUAAAGACAUAAUUAUUUUAAAUGUCACCAAGUUCUCCCAUUCAAAAAGUGUGGAAGCCAGAGUUGUAUAAAAUACAACUCGAGGCCCCUACACCGAAACCAUUACGACGUACUGAACCAAUUACUGGUUUAGGUGAGCCCUGUUAUUAUGGAACUGAAUAUUUUGGUGAAAUGGGUCAUCAGGCAGCAGAAUCAUUGCUUGAAAAUACUCCAGAUGGUUCCUAUUUGUUACGGCGAAGUCCAAAUGCACAAGAGUAUUAUACAUUAAGUGUACGAUUUAAUAAUCGUACAAAACAUUUUAAAAUAUAUUUUAAAACUGGCGAAGGGCACUAUUUGCAAGAGCAAGCAAAGCAUUAUGAUACGAUACAUGAACUGGUGGCAGAUGGUUUAAUAAACUUCCAUAUGCAACUCCAUGCAGCACCGAUAAUACAGCAAAUUAAUCAACAAACGCGAAAUUGCUACCAGCAAAGCCCAUAUAUGACUUUAAACAGAAGAAAAUUACGCGCCCUCUCAAACGAACUUCGCAAGUCAAUAAUAGCUAAAGGUAAUUGUGAACCAGAUGCAAAAAGUGGCAACAACAUUGCUGUGACUAAUUCCACUUCAAGCAAAGACAAUGAUGCAGAUUUAAUAUUGCCACUUAUCUAUGAGAAAGCGCAUACAUUUAAAAUACACACAUUUAAGGGUUUGAAUUGGUGCGAGUUCUGUGCAAAUUUUCUAUGGGGCUUCACAGCGCAAGGUGUGAAAUGUGAAGCAUGUGGUUUUGUAGCACAUUCUAAAUGUUCUGAAUUAGUUCCAGCAAAAUGUGUUCCAGAUCUAAAAAGAAUACGAGGAGUUUUUGGCACAGAUCUUACAACAAUGGUGCAAUUAUAUCAGUGUCUAAUACCAUUCGUAGUGAGACGUUGCGUUGAAGAAGUAGAAGCGCGUGGAAUGUUACAGGAAGGUAUUUAUCGUGUUUCUGGAUUUGCUGAUGAAAUUGAUGCACUAAAAUUAGCUUUGGAUCGCGAUGGUGAAAAGACUGAUAUGUCAGAGUCAACAUAUGGAAAUAUAAACGUUAUUGCAGGAACACUAAAGUUAUAUUUACGUCUGUUGCCUGUGCCUUUGAUAACAUUUCAAGCUUAUCCCAGCUUCAUGCAAGCGGCACGAAAUACCAGCAUUUCUGAUCAAAUACGAAACACAAACGUAGCUGCCAAGAAGUUGCCUUUAGCACAUUAUAAUUGCCUUAAGUUUAUGAUGGAACAUUUGAAAAGAGUUGCUUCCCAUUAUGCUGCCAAUAAAAUGAAUGAACACAAUUUAGCUACUGUGUUUGCGCCAACUCUUAUAGCCACUCCGCAGCAUAUGACUAAUUUAACUGAAGAAAUAUUUAUGUUAUCGUCACUAAUAACAAACUGCGAAGCAAUUUUUAAUUAGUAAGCAAAUUUAACAAAUUUCCAAUUAGCACACACAUUUUAUAUAUUGAUCGCAUGCAUUAUUAUUCCACGAAAUUACAUUUCUGUAAGCUUAAGUUAAGGACUUUUAUAUGUAUUUUAUUUAUUAUGAAAAUGUACAACAUGCAAUAAUAUUAAGUCUACAAAGACCACGAAUUUAUAUUAAAUUUAUAUAUAAUUUAAAAUAAUUGAAUUUUUGGAACAAAAUUUUACAUUUCUAUAAGUAUAUUUAUUAUUCUAUAAACAAUGUGUAUUAUAAAUCAUGAUAUGCAAUAAAAAAGAAGCAUUACAAAUUGUUAUUUUAAUUUGUAUAAAUACAUUGUGCGUUGAAAAUAUGUACUAAGAAGGCUAUUUCAUUACUGUUUGGGUAUGAAUUUUACCCUAUCGACUUUACAUUACUGUAGCUUAAUUUUUUUCAAGUACUUAUUUUAAUUAUCAUCGCCAUCCUGCGUUUGAGUCAAUAUAAUCAGUACCGAAUCAAAAUUAUAGGAAAUAUG